AUGGCGUCCGGCAACGUCCAGCGUCGACCGCGCAGAACAACCACCUCUGCACUGCAGUGGACCACUCUCUUCUACCUCCUUCUCAUCUUUGUUUGUCCCUUGGCUUUGAUCGGUAAAGUGAACGCUGAAGAUCAAACACCUCUGAACGACUCAGAUACGAACUAUGGCACCGUCAUUGGUAUCGAUCUGGGAACCACCUAUUCCUGCGUCGGUGUGAUGCAGAACGGCAAGGUCGAAAUCAUUGUCAACGACCAAGGAAACCGGAUAACACCUUCAUACGUGGCCUUUACAGACGAAGAGCGCUUAGUAGGAGACGCAGCAAAGAACCAAUAUGCUUCGAAUCCCACGAGAACCAUCUUUGACAUCAAACGUUUGAUCGGUCGGAAAUUUGACGACAAGGACGUCCAACGAGAUGCCAAACACUUCCCCUUCAAGGUUGUCAACAAGGAUGGCAAGCCUGUGGUCAAUGUCGAGGUCAAUGGCCAGCCAAAGACCUUUAGCCCUGAAGAGGUCUCGGCAAUGGUUCUGGGCAAGAUGAAGGAAGUCGCAGAGGCAUACCUGGGCAAGAAGGUCACACACGCUGUCGUCACAGUCCCGGCAUACUUCAACGACGCCCAGAGACAGGCUACCAAAGACGCCGGCACCAUCGCCGGUCUGACUGUUCUUCGUGUUGUCAACGAACCCACUGCCGCAGCUCUUGCCUAUGGUCUGGACAAGAAGGGCAAGGAGAGCCAGAUCAUCGUCUACGAUCUUGGUGGCGGUACCUUCGAUGUGUCGCUCCUAUCGAUCGAAGACGGCGUCUUCGAAGUCAUGGCUACCGCUGGUGAUACCCAUCUUGGUGGUGAGGAUUUCGAUCAGCGAGUCAUUGACUACUUUGUCAAGAAAUACAACAAGGAAAAUGACGUCGACAUCCGCAAGGACCUGAAGACCAUGGGCAAGCUCAAGCGUGAGGUCGAACGAGCCAAGCGGACACUGUCGUCCCAAAUGUCGACGCGCAUUGAAAUCGAGGCCUUCCACGGUGGCAAGGACUUUUCCGAGACCUUGACCCGAGCCAAGUUCGAAGAACUCAACAUGGACUUGUUCAAGAAGACCCUCAAACCAGUGGAGCAGGUGCUCAAGGACGCCAAAGUCAAGAAAGCGGAUAUCGAUGACAUUGUCCUCAUUGGCGGCUCUACCCGUAUUCCAAAGGUUCAGUCCAUGAUUGAGGAGUAUUUCGGUGGAAAGAAGGCAAGCAAGGGUAUCAAUCCUGACGAAGCUGUGGCGUACGGUGCCGCUGUCCAAGCCGGUAUUCUCACUGGUGAAGCCAACACCGAAGAUCUCAUUCUCAUGGACGUUAACCCUCUCACCCUCGGAAUUGAAACCACCGGUGGUGUCAUGACCAAGCUCAUUCCUCGCAACACCCUUGUCCCGACCAAGAAGGCUCAAAUCUUCUCCACAGCAGCCGACAACCAGCCCGUUGUCUUGAUUCAGGUGUUCGAAGGCGAACGAGCUAUGACCAAGGACAACAACCUACUCGGCAAGUUUGAGCUGACUGGCAUUCCACCCGCGCCUCGUGGCGUUCCCCAGAUCGAAGUGUCUUUCGAACUUGACGCAAACGGCAUUCUCAAGGUCACUGCUGGCGACAAAGGCACCGGCAAGGCGGAGUCCAUCACGAUCACCAACGACAAGGGACGCCUGACCCAGGAAGAAAUCGACCGUAUGGUGGCCGAAGCAGAAGAGUUUGCCGAGGCCGACAAGGCCUUCAAGGAGAAGAUUGAUGCCCGCAACAAGUUGGAGAACUAUGCCUCAUCACUGAAGAACCAGCUCAACGAUGAGGAAGGUCUUGGUGGCAAGAUUGAUGACGAUGACAAGGAGACCCUCCUCGACGCUGUCAAGGAAGCCCAAGAUUGGCUGUCCGAGAACGCCGACUCAGCCGACAAGGACGACUUUGAUGAACAAUUCGAGAAGUUGUCGCAGGUCGCCUACCCGAUCUCAAGCAAGCUGUACAGUGGAGGUGGUGGUGCCGGCGGCAUGCCAGAUUAUGGGGAUGACGACGAUGACUCUUAUGGGCAUGACGAACUGUGA